CGCCAUAGUAGGAUUGGUACAUUCGUGGGCGGGCUAGACUUGCACAGACCGCAGAUUUGGACCCCAGGCUUUGUUUUUACACGUAUUGAUCAACAGGAGUUAUUAUAUCAAAAGAAAUGGAGGAAAUACAGCCUGAGGAGACGCAUGUGGAACAGCAUAAAGAUGAGGGGAAUGAGAUCUGUCCAGAAAAAAUGGAGGAAGCCAAACUGAAGGCCAAAUACCCUCACCUGGGCAAUAAACCUGGAGGAUCUGACCUGCUCAGGAAAAGACUGCAGAAAGGGCCAAAGUACUUUGACUCGGGCGACUACAACAUGGCGAAGGCCAAGAUCAAGAACAAGCAGCUUCCCACGGCACAGACGGAGAAGGCGGAGAUUACCGGAGACCACAUCCCCACCCCGCAGGACCUGCCACAGAGGAAACCCUCUCUGGUGGCCAGCAAACUGGCCGGCUGAUAACUGCUGCUGGCCUUCACUCCCACUUCCUGUCUCGUCAUCCACGUUUCUCUCUGAUCCUGCAUUCCUGACCCUGUCCUGUCCUCUCUUCUCUUACCUCCAUGUGAAAAUACACUGAAUUUUCAAGGGUUGUAGAUGUUACAGAGCUGUACUGAACUGCUGCACUGUGAGAUGGGUCACUUGUGGCACUGUAGGGGGUGAAGUUCUCUAAGGUCUUCUGAUAUUUUUAAAGUGUUGUAGUAUUUAGUUGGAAGUGUACAUAUUUGCUAGUGAGUGAGGGCAAACAACAUUUUAGAAGUUAUUUUACAUUUUAAUUGGAACCAUUCCUGAAUUAUCCAAUGCUUAAAGGAAUAGAUCACAGAAAAAAGAAAAAUCGUGUCAUCAUUUACUCACCCUCAGAAUUAAUACUUUUAUUUAAUUAUCAUGUGGCUUCAGAAGUCACCUUCUACAGCCCCAGUCCCCAUUCACUUUCAUUAUAUGAAAAAGAGCAGCCUGGACAUUCUUCAAAACAUCUCCUUUUGUGUUCCACAUAACAACACAGGUUUGAAACAUCACAAGGCUUACCCUCUUGUUAGUCAUUUUUUGGAGUUGCGUGCUUGAAUUGAUAAUGAACUGAACGUAAUCUCUGAUAAUGUCAUUGAUUUGCACCCUGUUUCUUUCACGAGAAUUCUCUUUUCGUAAUCUUUCAGCUUUUAAGUGGAGGACCCUCAGUUGGUCAUGUAUGAGAGCAUGUAACGCAGAUCUCUGAGGCUGCUGUCAGCUUGCCUUGUAUCAUAGUGCUUAAGGCCUUAUAUAUUAUAAUGAUGUAGUGCCAGUGCACAGUUCUAGAUCACCACACAUUCAUUUCAUAUGUGACUUCUCGUGUCUGGCUGUAGAUGGCAGACAGUUUGGAAGCCUCUCCAGUCUCUGAUGUACACUAAACUCCAUGAGAUCUCCUGUAUCUUGUCUUCUAUGCAGAGGAUGAAGGCAGUUGUCUGUCGGUUCCUCACGCCACAUUGACGCACUUCAGCACAAUGUCCACGGUCUGCAUGAGCAUAAACUGUGGUUGCUUUUGAGCCAUUUUGACUUGUAAAUAAAAUAGUUUUGCAAACCUU